CACAAGCUAUCUCAAUCCAUGACUCGUAGAGAUUCUUACACUUCCAACCUCUACCUCUAAACUUGCCAAACCCUUUUUUAACAAAGACAAAGGAGUGAGAGAAGGGGGAGAAAACUUGAUCGUUUUUGUUUUGUAGAAACAACUUGCAUGGUAUAGUUAAUAAUAAUAUUGGAGGAGAUCGAGAGAGAGAGAGAGAGCGCAAAGACAAAGUUUGUAGUUUGUAAGUACAGAGAAAUUAAGAUCACAUGAUUGCGAAGACAAAUUACACGAUGCCUAUCAUUGGCAAACUGUACUGUUCGUCGUCUGAGACGGUGCUUGUGGUGAGGAGGAGGCCACACGUGGUAAAUGGUGGGGGUUUUGUAGUCAUGGAUUGUAGUGCCCAGAGGGUUGUGUUCAGGGUCGAUGGUUGUGGUGUUCGUGGCAAAAAGGGAGACUUGAUUCUAAGAGAAGGAGAUGGAGACGCUUUGCUUCUCAUGCGUCGAAUGGGAGGCAUGGUUGAGGCCCUGAGCAUUUACAAGAAGUGGAAAGGUUAUAGCUUAGACUACGAAGGAUCAAGGAAGCUGGUUUUCAGCUUGAGAGAAUCCAAUUCUUGUUUGGUUAAGAACAAUGCAAUCAGAAUCUUCACUAGGAACAGAGGCUGUGACUUUAAGAUCAGUGGCUGUUUCCCGGAUAAGUGUUGUAGCAUUGUUGACUCCAAAGGCAACGAGGUAGCCCAGGUGAGGAUGAUGAAGGAAGUGGAGAAAUUGAUUGAAAGCAAGGAUUUGUACCAUGUAGUGGUGAAUCCUGGGAUGGAUCAAGCUUUUGUCUUUGGAGUCAUCGCUAUCCUUGAUUACAUUUAUGGCGAAUCUACCCACUGCUAAAUCCAAAACUCUACUGAGCAUGUGCUCUGAGUUUUGUGCUUUUUUUUUUUUUGUUUGUAGGAUCACUCUUUCUCACACAGGCAUAUAAACGGGGAUUAAAGAUUUUCUUAAGAAGAAAGGGAUCAUCAACUUGUCUAGAAUUAAUUUUCUAAAGUUGUAUAUUACGAAGAAAUGUGGCUAUUAAGGCAUUUUCCCUUGUAAUAAAGGGAUUUGUCUUGUAUAAAUGUAUAAUAAUGAUCAAUGUGAUCUGUUACCUAUAAAAAAAGAAGUGCUUUCACUCAACCGUUUAACCUUUUAAGAUAGUUACUUCACGACAUGAUAAUAGAGUCUUCAUUAUUUUUUUCACGACA